AUGUCGUCCAAGGAAGGAGCCAAGCUCAAAGCCGAGUGAGUGAACGUCUACGCGUGAUGACUCGGUUCGUCGCUAACCACUGCGCUACAUCUCGUGUACCCAGAGCUGAGAAGGCGCUCAAGCCGUCGGUCAGUCCUAUCGCGCCUCCUGCCGUCGUACAUGGCGAUCACUGACGCGUCCUCCGUCGCCAAUCACCGCAGUGGUUUGGUAGUCAGAAAUCGAGAAACACUGCCGCCGAGGAGCUGUACGAGCAAGCCGGUAAUCGCUACAAGGUCGGUCGCACGAGGCUGGACCACGUCAUCGAGCCUCCGUUCGGACGGGGUGCAAGGCCGUAGCGACGAGGAUGCCCGCCCCGCCCGGCUAGACCGAUCACCUCGCUGACGCGAUGAGGUGAUGUUAUGCACAGGGUGAAGGGUACUUGAACGAUGCCGGGUUCUGCUACGUCAAGGCGGGCGAGCUGGCGCGCACCAACGACGAACGCGCCUCCGCGGCCAACCAUUUUUGGAACGCUUGCAAGGUCUACAAGAAGCAGGAUCCUAAUCGUAAGUCUUGGGAGCCUAUUCAUUCGGUUGCGUGACCGCAACCCUGUCUGGAUCCCUCUGCCCGCUCCGAUCGCGGACUGACCCCAUACGAUCGAACCCCCACUUUGUGUUCCCGCACGCGAUCCCAGUCGCUGUGGGCGCACUGCAGAACGCGAUCGAGUUGUACAAGUCCGACAACAAGUUCCGACAAGCUGCCGAUCGGGAGAAGGAGAUGGCCGCCAUAUGGCAGGCCGAAGGUGGCAAUCUGAACGAGGCUUUGAAUGCGUACGAGCGAGCGGCGAGGCUCUACGAGGCCGAGGAUGCGCAGGCGUAAGUUGAAAGUGACCCUUGCCUAUACACACUUCAUAUCUGACAAGUACACUCGAUUCCCAUUAGCACUGCGAACGCAUGCCUCAAGGAAGCCGCCGAACUUGCCGCUUCGGUCGGCGAGUACCCUCGAGCGGUCACCCACUUUGAAGCUGUGGCCAAGCAUUCCUUGAUCUCGGCACUGACGCGCUACAGCGUCAAAGAGUACUACCUCAAGGCUGCGCUUUGUUGGCUCGCGACAGGGGUGAGUACUUGCGUAGACUUGGUGUGCGUCUGAUGACCCAGCUGACGGAGUGAUUGAUCGACAUGACAGGAUGUCGUCUCGACCCAACGCAAGCUCGAGGAAUAUUGCUCACAGGAUCCUAGCUUUGGCGCAACACGCGAAGCCAAAUUUAUCCACGACAUCGCGGAUGCCUUCGAGGGUGGGGAUACAGAAGGGUUCACGGCUGCCGUGGCCGACUUUGAUCGGUACAUCACUCCGCACUCGUCUUCGUUCGUUCAUGAAGUAGCACUAAGACUGAUUUCACAACCCUUGGUCGUCUUUUCUGAGAGCAGCUUGACACGACUCGACAACUGGAAGACGACGAUCUUACUGGUCAUCAAGCGACAAAUCUCCGAGGAGCCGAGCCUGUCGUAG